AUGAAUACAACAAAAUUAGAAACAGCAGACACAAAUAGAACCGAAAUAUUGCUAAAAAACAAGCCAACAAACAGCACCUCCGAUUUUAGCGAAGAUGAAAGUUUUGAAAGUAAUCCAGUUAACGAAGAAAAACACUCGUCAAUCCUCUAUUUAUUUAUUAAAUGUUAUGCGCAACAGUUGAAACUUGUAUUUCAAUCAAUAGUCCCUGAUUUGAAGGAUUUAAAAUCUUGGCAAAUUAAAAUAUUUAUUCUAUUCGGUACAUUCAAUGUUAUUUUUUCUAUAUUGGAUUUCAAUUCGUUAUUUUCACAAAAACGUUCACUACUAAAAUGGACUAAUGAUUACCACGAUGGUAUACCAUUAUGGCGUCGAAUUUCCUUAUGUCUAUCCGGUAUAUCAGCAUUCACGACGAUUCUAUACGUUGUACUUGUUAUGCAUGGAAAAUUUUCUUCAUUUUUCUGGGGCAUAACCAGUGCGAUUUUAUAUGGAACUUUCGCAUUUGCUUAUGGAUAUGUUGGUGAUGCACAAUUAUUUAUAUUCUUUUUCUUACCGAUACAAUUUGUUGGAAUAUACCUGUGGGCAAAAGAAUUAGACGAUAAAUCAACAACACGUGUUAAAUCAUUGAAACCUAUUGGCUGGCUAUAUGUCUGUGUUUUAACUGUAUUAUUAACACUUAUAUUCUAUUAUGAAAUUCCAAUGUUUUCGAAGCGUCUAGUUAAGGAUUAUCUAUUUGAAAAACGCUUCGUACCGCAUGUAUUUGAUGCAAUAACAAAUAGUUUAAAUGUUGUUGGUCAAAUUUUACUGAUUGGUUGCUAUUGGGAGCAAUAUAUCAUAUGGAUAAUGGUUAAUAUCAUGUCGAUUAUUAUGUAUAGCGGUAGGAUAUAUUCUUAUAGAUUUGUGUUUCUUUCGUGA